GGCCCGGGAUCGUCCUGGGCGACGGGAGCGCGGUGCUGGCACCCAGCCCGUCCCUCCCCGACCCGGGCUCCGGAAUUGGCCUGAGACUGUGUACCCAGCCAGCCGUGCGCGCGGAGCCCGGCGGCCGAGGCCUGCGCUCCCUGCCCCCGGCCCGCGGCCCCCAUCGCCGGCGGGGACCCCGUGGGGCCUCCCGGGCCCGGCCCGGCCAGGGCUGACUGGACUUGACGCCGCCUCCCCUCGGUGCCCAGGCCCCGUCAAGAUGAAACCUGUGGUCGUGGUCCACGGCGGCGGAGCCAGCAACUUCUCCGCGGAGCGCAAGGAACGGGUGCGCCAGGGCAUCAUGCGAGCCGCCAAGAUGGGCUACAAGAUCCUCAGGGACGGGGGCAGCGCGGUGGACGCCGUGGAGUGCGCCGUGGCCAUCCUGGAGAACGACCCCGAGUUCAACGCAGGUUGUGGCUCUGUGCUGAACAUAAAUGGUGACAUUGAGAUGGACGCCAGCAUCAUGGACGGGAAGGACCUGUCUUCAGGAGCCGUGUCGGCCGUGCGCUGCAUCGCCAAUCCCGUGAAGCUCGCACGCCUCGUCAUGGACAAGACGCCUCACUGCUUUCUGACUGACCAAGGCGCUGCCAAGUUCGCACAGGACAUGGGAAUCCAGCACAUCCCUGUGGAGGAACUCAUAACAACGAGGAACAAGAAGCACCUGGAAAGAGAGAAGGAGGAGCUGAGAGCCCAGAAGCCCGACUGUGCCAAACACAUGGGGACUGUGGGUGCCGUUGCCAUGGACUGCAGAGGAAACCUGGCCUAUGCCACCUCUACCGGGGGCAUCGUCAACAAGAUGGUUGGCCGAGUCGGAGACUCUCCGUGUAUAGGAUCCGGAGGUUAUGCAGACAAUAACAUUGGAGCCAUUUCAACUACGGGGCACGGGGAAAGCAUCCUGAAGGUGAAUCUGGCCAGACUCGCUCUCUUCCACAUAGAACAAGGGAAGACAGUAGAGCAGGCUGCCGACCUGUCGUUGGAGUACAUGAAGUCACGAGUGAAAGGCUUAGGUGGCCUCAUCAUGAUCAGCAAAACAGGAGAGUGGACGGCCAGGUGGACCUCCACCUCCAUGCCCUGGGCGGCUGCGCAGGAUGGCAAGGUGUACGCCGGCAUCGACCUCAACGAAACCACCAUCACGGACCUGUGCUCCUGAAGGCCCGGCCACAGGGGCUAGCCCGGAGGCGACGCUCAGCUGUGCGGUGUGCAGAUGUAGCUUAAUCAAUUAGAAGUAGACAUGGAAACCUGACGUAUUCUGUCCCUCCUUUUGUCAGUGGCCUCUGUCUGGGUGAGGGCGGGCCUCUAGAGCACAAGAGAAAUCCCAGGUUCCCAUGGAAACCAGGCCUUGCGGGAGCAGUCUCCCUUGUGUACCAGGGACAGUGCCCAGGAGCGCGCAUGCAGGGCAGGGAGGGCCUUCCGGGAUGGGGAGCCGGCCCCCCGGGAAGGCGGGCAGGCCCAGGGCCCAGGCCUCAGGGAUCCACUGCGGCAGAGCCACCGAGGGGGACGGCAAAGUGUCAAAGACCUCCUUGCUGACCACUUGGCAAAGGAAGGUAUAGCUCCGCCCUUCUUGAUUGAGUAAUACAGACAUGUUUCCAGAGCCUUGAAGAGGACCCCCAUGGCUCCCCCAUCCGGAGAGGAGGGGUCCCAAGGGACACUGGAAUUUGCUGACAGUGGAGGGUAUUCCUGAUGGUCAGGGGGUGUCCCCCACAAGGUGGGGAGCUGAGGGCCCCUCAGGGCAAGGCCGGAGGCUGCACAUGACACUGCGGCUCACUGAGGCCGGGGCUGUCCAGAGCUGAGGGUCAGCCCCUCACACACCGAGGGGCGGGUCGCCUGGUCGUCUUGGCAACGCGGGCUCCUUCCUGUCCUUGUCCGGCUGCACUGGGAAUGGUAUUUCUCCUGUGACAGAGCUACUCAGGUGGGGGUGGGUUUGCUUUGGUUUGGUGUUUUGUUGUUUUUUGUUUUUUGUUUUUUAGUGUGUCAGGGCUUACCUUCUCUCUGAAAAGCAAUUGCCUAACCUCAAAUUCCACAUGCCACUAAAUAAAAUGUAUUUUGAAAGAAUAA